AACCCCCGACGCGUCUCGCUUCCUCUUCCUUCCUUCCUUUCUUUCUUGAGCCCAAAGAAGACAGCAGUCACAGCACGCACAAACAACGCCGCUCCAAAUCUCGCUCGCUCGCUCGCCGCGGAAGCCGCUCUCGCCGGUCUCCGCCGCCAUGGACGCCGCCUCCUCGCUCAUGGGCGGCCCCUCCUCCGCCGACGCGCCCACCGACGGCGAGCACCGCAUGGGCACCACCAUCGUCGGGGUCUGCUACGCCGGCGGCGUCGUCCUCGCCGCCGACUCCAGGACCAGCACCGGAAUGUAUGUGGCAAACCGUGCUUCGGACAAGAUUAGUCAGCUCACUGAUAAUGUCUAUGUCUGCCGUUCUGGAUCUGCUGCUGAUACACAAGUUAUUUCAGAUUAUGUGCGCUAUUUUCUCCACCAACACACAAUUCAGCUUGGGCAACCAGCUACCGUGAAAGUCGCAUCCAACUUGGUUAGGUUGCUGGCCUAUCAGAACAAGAGCAUGUUACAAGCUGGAAUGAUAGUUGGUGGAUGGGAUAAGUAUGAGGGAGGCCAAAUUUACUCAGUCCCUCUUGGUGGAACGAUUCUGAGGCAACCAUUCGCAAUUGGAGGAUCUGGUUCCAGCUAUCUGUAUGGAUUGAUGGAUCAUGAAUGGAAAGAGGGGAUGACCCAGGAAGAAGCUGAGAAGUUUGUGGUGAAGGUGGUUUCCCUUGCUAUUGCACGUGAUGGUGCUAGUGGAGGGGUUGUUCGCACCGUUACUAUAAAUGAGGAGGGCGUGAAGAGGAGCUUCCAUCCUGGCGACAAGCUGCCACUGUGGCAUGAGGAGAUGGAGCCCCAGAACUCGCUCCUCGACAUUCUCGCGGCCGGGAGCUCUGAUGCCAUGGUCCAGUGAAUCUGUUCUGGAUUUGAGCUUAAUGUUGUUAAGAGAUUGUGCCGAAUUGUUCCACAUCAGCUUAUUUUCCACCUUGUUAUUACGAAUGAAUAGUACAUGUUCCUUGUUUGAUGGAUCCGUGUCCUCCUGUGCAACACAACUCUCUCGGAGUAGUGCGUCGAUUGCUAAAUUUUUUAGAAAAGAAAACACCCGUGGAACCUGA